UGUUGGUGUUGUAGUGAUAGAUUUUUAUUGAUUGCUCUGAAACACUACUUUACAUGUAACUGAAAAAGCAACUGAAUACUAAUUUAAAUUAACAAUUUUGUGUAAAAUUAUAUCAUUACUGUUAAGUGAAACCUGAUAUCGUCGUUAAAAAUAUCUCAAGCUGAUUAUUUAUGAUUAUUAGUGCUAAAACUGAACAAGAUGUCACAAGCUACAGAAAAGGAACAAACUGAAGAAACAAAUAUAAAUUCCUUGAAUAUGAAAUUACCUAAUGUUCUUUGCACCGCUGAAUCGAUUUCUGAAAAAUCGGAUUCUAAGCCUAGUAUCCUACUUUCUUCGGAAUCUAAGUUAUCUUUACCUUCAAGUCUUGGAACUCCCACAUCUCCGUUACGGUUAUCAUCUCCACUGUCACUACCUAAUUCGCCCACGCCUUUUAUAAAGACAUCACUGCAAAACAGCGCUGCGAAGACGGAUGCAUCCCGAUUGCCCUCGCCACAGCAGAAAUCUAACCUGCAAACUGCCAACAUUAAUAGUGGUUCUGCUACAGGAAAUCCGCGAAACAAAUGUGCUCUUCAACCCGGCCACAGUCUUAUGGAUUGGAUCCGACUCGGCAAUUCCGGUAAAGAUUUAACCGGCGUCGGCGGUCGGAUGAGGCCGGUACAUCCAUCGGAACUUGCUACUCAUAACACAAAAAAUGACGCCUGGCUCGCGAUACGCGGAAGGGUAUAUAAUAUUACACAUUACUUGCCAUAUCAUCCCGGAGGACCUGAAGAAUUAAUGCGUGGAGCGGGUAUUGAUGCGACAGAGUUAUUCGACAAAGUACAUCCCUGGGUGAACUACGAUUCCCUUCUCGCCAAAUGUCUGAUAGGUCCCCUACGCUUCGACAGACCCGACGCAGAAGAUCUCUUCGAUAACAUCAGUUCAUCACCGAAAUCCGAACGUUUACGUGAGCCGUCCAAAGCUCAAGAACUUGUUAGAAAAUCCAUGGAGAAUUUAGCUAAUUGUAUAACUCCGGUUAGAAAAAAAAUAAGUAACAAAAGUGACGAGAAUGUGAAAUCUAGUCCGCCGAGUAAGAUAAUGCAAAGUUUGAUACAUUCAAGUGAUUUACCUGUCACAAUCAGUCGGAGAGCGGCUUCCAGUCCAGUUAAAAGUGAGACCAAAAACAAUGAUGAUAGUCCGCCUGCUCUACGCUUUGACUGGAUACAAACGUCGACAAAGCUCACGAUUUCAGUGUAUACUGGAUAUUUAGCAAAUCCCGGAGCUUGUGCGAGACUAAUAGAUGGGGAACUACUUAUAGAAGUUGUAACGGACGAUUGGUUAAGAACCAUCAAAAUACUGCCGGAACAGGCACUAAGAGAACCUUUACAGUUACGUGUCUUUGCUGAAAGUGGAAAGAUUGAAGUAAUCGCACAAAAAGCAGAAAUGAAAGUAUGGAAGAAUUGUGGAGAGACGAGCUUAAGUAAUGCUGUGAAAAUGACAGCUGCGAGGACGGUGGAGUGCAGAGUUGAAGGGAGCAGCGCUGUGACGCACGACACCGUACUUCUGGCCCUGACGCCCCGAUCUGGACCUGUGGUUAUACCUAUAGGGUAUCACGUGCGAAUACAUCAAACACUCGCAGGUUCUGAAUGUAUACGAUCGUAUACACCAGUGGGGGACAACUGGGCCGCUGUCGACGUAACGGCGCCGCUCAAACUUGCCAUAAAACGAUAUGAAUUGGGCGUAUUAUCUCCGUUGUUGACGUCCUUGAAGAUCGGCAGUCACGUCACAGUAUCUGGUCCCUAUGGCAAUUUUAAACUCCAGAAGUUAAAAACAGUAAGAAAGUUAUUUUUGAUAGCAGCGGGUACUGGAAUCACUCCAAUGUUGGGCUUAUUGAAAUUCAUGCUGUCAAGAUCAAACCCACGAUGCGAGCGAGUUACUUUGAUAUUCUUCAACAAAACUGAACGUGACAUUUUAUUCAGAGAGAAUUUCGAAGAUAUAAUGAACAAAGAUGACAGGCUUACCGUGACCCACGUGUUAUCAAACGCGGGCCCGACAUGGGCGGGCCGCAAGGGACGGAUAACUAAAGAGCUUUUAUCUGAAGCUUUAGACGAAUCAGCUUUUAUUUCCGAUGACGAGCUUUUAAGUUACGCCUGUCUGUGUGGCCCGACAGAAUUCACGCACGCCGGCAUCGAUAUAUUGAAAAAACUCGGUAUAAAAGAAAAAUGUAUACAUGCCUUUAUAGGAUAAAAGUUUCAAAUUAGAUGUAGCUCUAAUUGUGUCUAUUUUACUUAAUGUAAAUAAUUGCGGGUAGGUUAAUGAAUAGAUGUAUUGUGAUUACGUCCCAAGAGUGAGAAAUAACCGUACACAUAUAAAUAAAGAAUAGCCUUCAUUAAACAUUAGUCGAAAAAUAGG